AUGGGGUAUAAUAUGCCCGCUAGGGGAAAAGCUCACCAUUCUUUCAUAACGAAUGAUAGGCAUGUGGUAUUGUAUAUACUUGAUGUUGCUGCUGAUGGUUGUAGACCUGUUUUGAGAAUAAAUGUUAUUGAGAGGUUUCAAGCAUCGACAACAUCAGCAGCACCACCCCUACCCCCACAGCAGCCAGUCGAUGCAAAUUCAAUGCAAAAUGAGAGCAUGGGUGAUCAUUCAAUGGAUGCGAAUGAUCAUGAUAUUAAUGUCGAAGAAUGUGAUGGGCAGCCUAGUGGAUCACAAACCAACUAUGUCUUCAAUGAUAGAACUGAUUUUUACAUCGGGAAAACAUUCUAUAGCAAGGAACAUUUAAAAAAUUUGUUGAAGAAAGCUGCAAUAAAGAGGCCGUUCGGUUUUGUACCGAUAAAGAGGCCAUCGAUAAAGGAAAUCCAAAAGACGGUUUUCAGGGAGUUUCUUUGUAAACCGAACUACUGGAAGUGUUGGAAGGCUGGUAUAAUUGCUAAGAACUGGGUUAGGGGGACACCGUUGCACGGGUAUGGUUGCUUACCAGCUUAUUCUUACAUGGUUGAGAGUCUAAAUCCGGGUUCUAGAAUUUGCAUCAGGCUUGCAGAUGACAACAACUUUUUAUAUUACUUCGUGUCUUACGCAGCUUGCAUUCGAGGAUAUACCCACAUGAGAAAGGUUAUUGCCGUUGAUGCACACAUUUAUACGGAGUGUGAUGAUUCUUGGACCUACUUCUUCCAGCAACUCAAGUUUAUAGUCGCUGAUGAACCAGACUUGACAUAUGAGCAUGCUCGCCAUGGACUUUGCAUAAAGCAUCUUUCUGAAAACCUCCGAAAGAAUUUCCGAUGUGGAGAUUCUCUUCAUGCAUACUUUAAUGCAGCAAAGGCAUAUGGUUACGAGGAGUUCGAUGAACAUUUUCAGCAAUUCAGGGAUAAAAGCCCUGAAGCAACUCAGUGCCUUGAGUUUGAGAUUGGAUUUGAAAAGUGGAGCCGGACACAUUUUCCAGCCAACAGGUACGAUGUUCUCACCAUAAACAUUGUCGAGUCUCUUAACUCAAUGUUGAGGAAUGAAAGAGAGUACCCCGUGUCUGCCAUAUUCACUUCCAUUUCUAGGAGGUUUGCUGAAAUAUUCAGGCAGAGGCGUGCAGAUAUCGGCGAUUCAAAUAAUAUAUUUGUGCUUCCGGCUGAAAUGACGUUAAGGGAAAAGAUGACUCAGGGCGAUUCCUUGUUUGUCAGUAAUAUAAAUGGGGAUGCCAACGAGUUCACCGUUAUAGGCAGUGGCAGAACUGCCAAAGUCAAUCUACUGAACAAAACAUGUUUUUGUAGAGAGUAUGACUUGGUGAAAUUACCGUGCGCUCAUGCCAUGGCAGCCUUGAGAUUGAAGUAUGGAAAUGGAUAUAGUUCAAGCAUCUACAAGUAUUCUUCACCGAUGUAUAAAGUUCAAUCUUACAUCCUUACAUUUGCUGAAACUAUCAAUGUAGUGCCUCCAGAGUCUGAAUGGGUUGUGCCUGAGAAGUAUGCAAAGCUGUACAUUGCUCCACCUCCUUAUGAGCCCAAACUUAGAAGGAAGGGAAUAAAGCGUAUCCCUGGAAUCGCGGAAUCUUUUAAGCCCAGAGGUCGUGUAAAAGGGAGGAGAAACAAGUGCACACUUUGCAAGGGAAGCGGCCACAAGAGAACAACGUGCCGAAAUAGAGAGGGAUGA